AUGGCGGUGAACGAGUUUAAAAAAUAGUCGGUGUGUUUUUUCUUAAAAUCGCCAUUGAUCGUUUCCUGAUUACAGAAAAUGUUUGACAUGAAGGGAAAGCUACACAAAGUUGUUUAAUUCUGACGAUAUUUCACCGAUGUGACCAAGGAAUUCGCGGUUUUUAGAUAUCAAACGAACUUGGGAUACUUGGUCGCCAUGUCAAAGCCAAAAGGAGGGGAAUCAGUUAAAGUUGUGGUCAGAUGUCGGCCAAUGAAUGAGAAGGAAGUUGCAGCUGGUCAUGAAAGAGUCGUAGAGAUGAAUGUCAAAAAGGGUACAAUAGAAAUCAAGAAUCUAUUAAAGCAAGGAGAGGUCCCAAAGAUGUUCACAUAUGAUGCAGUAUAUGACUGGAACUCRAAGCAGAUAGACCUUUAUGAUGAAACAUUUCGACAGCUUGUGGAUUCUGUCCUUGAAGGAUACAAUGGAACAAUUUUUGCUUAUGGUCAGACUGGAACAGGGAAGACAUUCACCAUGGAAGGGGUAAAGUCAGACCCAAACUUAAAAGGUGUCAUCCCCAACUCCUUUGAGCAUAUCUUCACACACAUUGCUCGUACAACCAAUGAACAAUACCUGGUACGGGCUUCCUACCUGGAAAUCUACCAGGAAGAGAUCAAAGACUUGUUGGCAAAGGAUUUGAAGCGAAGACUAGAGCUUAAAGAAAGACCAGAUACUGGUGUUUACGUUAAGGAUCUUCAGUCAUUUGUUUGUAAAAGUGUUAAAGAGAUAGAACAUGUAAUGAGUGUGGGAAACCAAAAUAGAUCAGUUGGAGCUACAAAUAUGAAUGAGCAUUCGUCCAGGUCACAUGCUAUUUUCAUCAUCACUAUUGAAUGCAGCUGUCUUAAUUCAGUUGGGGAAGCACACAUUCGUGUUGGUAAGCUCAAUAUGGUGGACUUGGCUGGCAGUGAAAGGCAGGCAAAAACUGGAGCUGAGGUAAAGACCAAAACAGUUGUUAACAAAGUAUUUCAUUUUUUGUUCAAUUAUUCAGUCAUUCCAUUGAGGUUGACCAACACUGUCAGAAUGACUCCAGAUUCCCUUGGUGGCAAUGCUAGAACUGUCAUGGUCGCAAAUAUUGGCCCUGCAAGCUAUAACUACGAGGAGUCUAUCACAACAUUAAGGUAUGCUAACCGUGCGAAGAAUAUCAAGAACAAGCCACACAUCAAUGAAGAUCCYAAGGAUGCACUACUUAGAGAAUUCCAGGAAGAGAUUGCCAGAUUAAAAGGUGAACUUGAUAGAAGAGGUGGCAAGAAGAAGAAGAGGAGAAGAAAAGGGCCAGAUGGUGUUGAGAUAGAAGAAGAUGAUGACGACGAUGACACCCCAGAUCAAGGACAAGUUGAAGACUAUAUGAAGGCAGAGCAAGCUAAACUAGACCAAGAAAAGAAAGCUCUUUUAGAAAACCACAGCAUGGUUGCAGAGGAAAAGCAGCGUCUUAUGGCUAUCGUUCAACAGAAGGAAAAAGAAAUGAAAAAACAAAGAGAAGCUCAGGCYUCACUCACAGCUAAAAUCAAGAUGAUGGAAAGCAAGCUUCUUAUUGGUGGUAAAAGUAUUAUCGAUAAGACUAGUGAACAAGAAAGAGCCUUGGAACAAAGACGUCAAGAAAUAGCAGAACAAAAGCGCCGAGAAAGAGAAAUGCAGCAAAAGUUGGAGUCAAAAGACGAGGAYACUAUAGAAGUGAAAGAAACCUACUCUUCUCUUCAUCAAGAAGUUGAAAUGAAAACCAAAAAACUCAAAAAGCUUUUUAUGAAAUUACAAGCAAUUAAAUCCGAAAUUUUAGACCAACAAGAGGUUCACAUCAGUGAAAGACAGGAACUAGAGCAGGCACAAGAAGAAUUAACUAGAGAACUUAAACUAAAGGCGGCGAUUGUGGAAAGCUUUAUCCCACCUGAAGAAAAAACAAAAUUGAUGAACAGAGCUUAUUAUGAUGAAGAAAAUGAAGUCUGGAAGCUCAAACCUGUAACUGAAAAUAACAAUAAACAAGCAAUGGCAAAAAGACCUGUCUCAGCCAGCGGCAGCAAAAGACCAAUCACAGAGUAUGCAAAGAUGGCAGCCGCAAUGGGUGGCCAUCCAAGAUAUAAGGUAAUACACAGAAUCGUAAUAUUUCUGUUAGUUCUUGUAGUUCAGGGCAAGAAAAAUUUUUUGUUCAGACAGUUUCUCAUGCUUUUAAAUUGUGUUUAG